AUAUUAGACUCUUUAUAUGUGUAAAAUUCUGAGGUGUGCUAACUUAGGUGUUUAAAUAUAGGUUUUAUGAAAGAUAUGUGUAUUCUGUUACUUUCAAUGCAAAACUUGUAUUUAUUCCACACAUAAAUCUUCUAGUUUUAAAAAAAAAAUUAUGUUCUUAUCAGCAUACAUUUCGAUUUCUGUAUACGUACGGUCACUAAUUUGUCGUUUAUUUUGAAAUUAAAAGGAACAUAUGGCGUCAGAAUUGGUUCCUAAAGUUUUUAACUGUCGUUCACGGUAAAAAUAGGUUCGUUGCAGAGACAGGACUCGGGCUUUCAUGCGAGCUGCUCAACAAAGGUUCCACCUUUUCUGGUUUUUAAUCAAAAUUCUUUCAAAUGUUUUUAUUUAUUUUUUUCCAUAGAAAACAAAAUACUUUGACUAAACAAUCCAAAAUAAAAAAAUAAUGAAAGAUUAGAACAAACACGUCAAUUGCAAAUCAAAACUGAAACUUGCUGCUCUUUUUUUAAGACACACAGGUAGCGCGUGAGGCUUCAUAAACUGUUUUUUAAUUGUCAGAUUUUACAUGUUUUUCUAAAUAAGGGCAUUGCAUUUAUGAAAAGAAAGCAUGCAGAAUUUUAUUUAUAAAUAUUUUAUUAAGCAUUAAUUGCAUCAUUAUUAUGCCAUUUGCCUUCUUUAAGAACAAAAAUAGUUUUUAGUUUCAUUUUUACCAUCAACAUGUUAUUAACAUUAACCUCUUAUUUCAUAUAUAAUUCAACAGAUGUACGUCCAUGAUUGCAGAUGUUCUCUUAAACGUGUAAAAGUCUUUUCGUUUUCAGUCAGAUUCUAAAUGUGUCUGUAUGAGGAAGAAGCAGAGAGUCUAAAGAGUCAACCAAAGAGAGGAAGAACAUAUGACCACAUCCUGACAACACACAAACACAAACUCACACAAGCUCACACACAGUCAUCCUCUUUAGAUCGAAGACAUUUCAGUGAAGGCCUUUCUUAUUUAUGCUGGUUUGCAUGAUAUAUCUACCAAAUAGAGAGAGCCCCAUGAGAGCACCGCUCACAUAAACAUCCACCUGCUCCUCACACAUGAAGUCAUGUCAGUACACCCACUCGGAGCCAAAAGGUGUGCAUGACAGCAUGUCUGACUUGUGGGCCUUUUCUUCAUCGUCUCCUUCUCCUCCCAUAACCCCCCACCCCACCCUGUCGCAUUCCCUACCCCCCCUCUCUUCUUUCUCAUUCUCGAAGGACCAUGGAAGCCCAUCACCCAACAAGGUGUCCUCCCCUCACCCUUAUCUGCUGUCCCCAAAUCUUUUACCCCAGAGCCAGUUAUCCUCAUUCCAAUUCCCCCAACCUCAGGUCACGUCCCCUCACAUGCCCCACCCUCAGGCUCAGCUUUUCUAUCAGGCCCCAGCAACAUCCCCUUCACCCCACCUAAACUCCCCCCAGGCCAACCCCCUUCUCUUUGCCCAGUCUCACUGCCCCUCACCACAGUUCCGAAUUCCAACUCAGCACCCCGCUUUCCACCAGAACCCUAAUCUACAGCUAGACUACUCCGACUGGAACAAAUGUGAGUCGUCCUCCGAGCUCUCCUGCUUCCACAACGACUUUGCCUUCCAGUACCCUACAGCAGCUGAGCUGGAUCUUCACCUACAGAACCAGAACCUGCUCAGCAAUGGUGGGACUCCCCACAGAGAUGAAAUGGAGACCACAAACUCCUACGACGCUCACCCACUGCUCAUCAGUGACUCACUUGGUGUCAGCCACAGCGCAGGGCCCCCGGCUCCUCUGCUGAACUCAGGUGGCACCAUGGGCAGAUGGAGCUCCUCGUCUGCAGAGGACUACCCAACCAACCAGUUCUACUAUGAUAAUUACAACGACGGUAAUGCCUCUCAACCCUUCUGUAGCCCCACCACUCCUGGGCCAAGCCCACAUUACCCUCAAACCCCGGCCGUCUCCAGUCCAGGUCCUCACAUGCACCUGAGGACAGACCGGACUGGGUUUCACGCACAAACAACUCCACAGCUGAGCAGAAAUCAGACCAUGGGCUGCGGUCCCAACAAGCCUGACACCUACUACCUGAGCUCUGACACGAACCAGCAACAACAUCAAACGAGCCCACACUUCUCCCAGAGCCAAGCUGAUACGAUUGAGGACUUGAUCGGUUUCCUGAAGGGCGCUGUGAGCUCCGAGAACAGCUUCUCCUGCCUGGGAAGAGGGCCGCUUGCUAGCAGUAGUGACUCAAGUCAGGGCCUCUCUGCCGAUGUGACCUGCAGGGUGCAGGGUGGAGGACGAGGAAGAGGUCGAGUGAAUCAGAUGCAACUUGAAAAAAGAAGUGAAGUUCCUGAUCCCAGGCUUUUGUGUGUGGUGUGUAAACGAGAGUUCAGAAGCCUGGCAGCGCUGAACGGGCACAUGCGCUCCCACAGCGGUUUCAAGUCUCCAGCGUGGUUAAAGAAGGUCCAGAGCAACGCCAAAGACUGCUCCCUUCAGAGCUCAGCCUCUAUGGUGAUGCCUGUUUCUGUUCCUGUCCGUACAAAAGAAACGCUGGCGGCCUCUAAGAGCAGACAGAGGAAAGGCAUCGCCCCUCUGCCAGCCGUCAGAGGAACGCUCCUCUAUCGCAGCCUGAUGCUCAUGGAGGAGGAGAGGGAGGAGGAGGAGGAAGAGGGGGGAGGUCAUUACAGACCUCCCCCAAUGUUAUGUCCACUGAGGGCCGGGCCAGGGUUGUACUGCUGUCUCAGCCCCGUUAGGCUGAGAGCAGAGACGGUUCAGUUACACAGUGAUUUGGAUGAUCCUGUUGGCCCGGCAACAUUCUGUCCUCAACCUGAAACACUAACAUCAAGAAAAAUUCAACCGCGCAUUAAUUUGGGGCGGAGCUUCCAGGCUGACAUCCCACCUCUCCGGAAUGCAAAGUACACACAGUUAGACUCCCACAAUGCACUUCUAGCCUGGAGGCCGUUGGACAAGCUAGAAGAUCCUGUCAAUCAACAGAGAGUCCAGGCCCUGCUGAUGAUGGCUCAGUCCAGUCUGGUCCCAGGAAACGGAACCAGUCCAGAACACGCCCUCCACAUCCUGUCAGAGUGCAAAGGAGACUUUCUGCUGACAGUGGAGAAGCUGCUGACAACACCAAGGAAGAGUCAAAAUGGUGUUAGCUGGAGUGCAGCUGAGAAGAGGCUUCUGACCAAGUCCCUGCAGCUCCAUCGUAAAGACUUUCGCAGUGUCUGCAAAUCCGUUAAGACCAAGUCUCUGUCGGAGUGUGUCGAGUUUUAUUACCUGUGGAAAAAGAAGUUGAAUUUGAGCUUGAAAACCAAAACAUGCCUGACUGUCACCCUGCCGGACAAAAAUGGUGAGAUCUUUCAUGGAGCCCCAGAUGGAGGGAGAUGAUCAGUGGUCUUAACCAAAUAUCAUCAAAGUCUGCAAAAGCAACAUGAAGCUCUGGACAGGCUACGCACUACUUUUGAGCAUAUAACAUACAUGCACACACAAAUGUGUAUAUAUAUAUAUAUAUCUAUAUCUAUAUAUAUAUAUAGAUAUAUAUAUAUCUAUAUAUAUAUGUUAUCCACUUAUCCUAAAAGGUAAAUGUAAAAUAUGUAGAAUUUGUAUUUAUGACUAGAUACACAAAUGUAAAAGUUACUCUUGUUUCACUUAGUUUAACCUGUAAACAUGGUAUUUUUUUAUGGAUUUUUUUUUGUAUAUUUUCUCUGUAAAUGGAAAAAGAAGGAGCUUCAGUGGAUGACUACACAUCUUCAGAUUUCCUGUUGCAGAAGUUGGAGGUUAUUUUUCUUCUUUUUUCCUGUCAAAUCUUUGUUUUCAGCCUGAGGGGCCUGAUGCUGGACAGCGGUGUACUUAUUACUUUCUAAAUGAAAAACAAAAGUAAAUAUGAGACGCCUGAAGUUUUUUUACUUGUCGGAAUGCAGCUACUGAGUAAAUAAACUUGUAGGCAAAGAUUAGCUCUUUGGAACCAAACUAACAUGAACCAAAGGACUGAAAAUCUAUGUCAAAUAACACAACCUCACGCUCUGAGUGGAUGUUAAUAGGCCCAGGUUUGGUUUCAUAGCAUCUCUAGCUGUUUCCAGGCCACAAUAUUAGUAAAAUCUAACACGUUUAAGCUUUAAUAAAUCAGGAAAGUCAAAGAUUAAGUCAUUUAGUCAAGGAACGAAGCAGAAUUAUAUGAAAAAAAUUUUUUUUUCAUAUGUUUGAGGACUUUUUUAAGCAUCAAAGUAAUAUAGCUUAAGAAAAAUGUUCUUUACAUUUUGUUCCGUUAGUCAAAAAAAAAAAAGUCGAAUAUUAAUCAAGAUAAUUUUUAUGUUUAUUUAAAAAAAAUAUAUCUAUAUAUAUUUUGUAAAUGCUAAGGAUGUUUCUUAUCCAGAUUGUUGCCAAAAAAACAAACACAAAAAUGAUAUUUUAUGGGGUAAAAAUGACUAUGUUUUACAAAUGUCAAACUAUUUCUUUUUUAAACUAAUGGUGACCUUGUAUUUAAGUCAGUAUUUGUAUUUGUGAUGUUACUGAAAUAAAAUCUUUCUAAAGCAAA